AUGGCGGGGAAUGAUGCUGUGAAGACAGCUAAAAUAGUUGCGUGGUGGGACAUGAAGGACUGUCCAAUUCCGGAGGGGUAUGAUGCUCGUCGGGUACGUCCAAGUAUAGAAAGGGCGUGCAAGGAACGAGGCUUCUCUGGUUCUGUCUCCAUCACUGCCUAUGCCGACCAAACAAAAACCCCUGAUCACCACCUUCAAGCGCUCUCUUCCACUCGAGUCGCUGUUGCACAUACCAUAUCCGAAUGUACGUGCAAACUCAUGUACGAGGAUAUUGUGGAAUGGCGAGGUCAUAAUCCACCUCCAGCGACAAUAAUGAUCGUAUCCGAUCACGUGGAAGGUGACUUCUCCUGGGAUCUAGCCCGGCUACAACAGCGCACUAGGUACAAACUUUUUAUGGCUUAUUCAGUCGAGAGUUACAAAGAUUUCUUCCUGCUCCGGAAUGCAAUAUGGCUUUGGAAUAAAUUACUAGAAGAAGGAGGAGGCGCACCACUUGUGGCGGGUGGAUUAUCAUCUGCCAUGUUUUAUUGCAAAUCUUGCGAGUUUGAUUGCCAAAGCCUGGAGAAAUUCAGGAAGCAUCUCUCCAGUUAUAAGCAUGGACGGGAAGAGUUUACAAGCGCUAGGUGGUACACACGACUCGAAUGUGUAACGAAGACGUGGAGAAGGAACUACAGGGCCACGCCUGAGCACGCCACAUCUAAAAUUCAGGUUUGGUGGGACAUGGUUAAAUGUCUGAUUCCAGAGGGGUAUGAUGCUCGUUUGGUCCGUCCAAGUUAG